CUCACCUCGCUUCCCCUCCCCUCCUCUCCUUUUUCCCCCGCCUACCAAAUUGAUAGCCCACCUCACCUCACCUCCGCACCCGCUGUUUCGUGCACCGCACUUCACCCCCCACCUACCUCCCCCCCUCAAAAACUAUCCGCCUCCGCCCGCCGACGAGCGCGGUCGGUCGAUUCGGUUCGAGCCGGCCGGAGCUCGGAGGGGCGGAGCCCAGAUCCGGGUGCCGGCGGCGAUGAUGAAGUCGCUGCUGCCGCAGAGCCAGCUGCGGCGCUCGUCGGCGCGGCCGUCGGGGGCCGCCGCCGCCGCGGGCGGAGACGGGGCCGCGGCCGACGGCGGCGGGGCCGGGGCGCGGGCGCCCGCCUCGUCCACCUUCUGGUUCCUGCUCCACGCGCUCUGCUGCCUCAUCUCGCUCUUCCUCGGAUUCCGCUUCUCGCGGCUCCUCUUCUUCCUGCUCUUCUCCACCACCGCGCUCUACCACUCCACCACCUCCUCCUCCGCCGCCGCGGUCCUGCGCGCCACCACGACGACCACAACCACCACGACCACGACGACCACCACCACCAACACCUUCACGCUCUCCUUCGCCGCCGCGAACCCACCGCCCUCCAACCCCGCCAACCGCACCGCGCUGGAGGCGGCAGCGGCGGCGGACAAGGGCGCGACCUCCGGGAACCCCCAGAGCCACGUGGUGGUGGGGCGGCACGGGAUUCGGAUCCGCCCGUGGCCGCACCCGGACCCCGUCGAGGUGAUGCGGGCGCACCGGAUCAUGGAGCGCGUGCAGGAGGAGCAGCGCCGCUGGUACGGCGUCAAGGAGCCGAGGCAGGUGCUCGUCGUCACGCCGACCUACUCCCGCGCGUUCCAGGCGCUCCACCUCACCGGCCUACUCCACUCCCUCCGCAACGUGCCGUACCCGCUUACCUGGAUCGUGGUCGAGGCGGGCGGCACCACCAACGCCACGGCGUCCCUGCUUGCGCGCUCUGGCCUCACCUUCGUCCACAUCCCCUUCCCUGACCGCAUGCCCCAUGUCUGGGCAGACCGCCAUGCUACUGAGAACCGGAUGCGCCUCCAUGCCCUACGGGCGAUUCGAGAGAGGAAGAUGGAUGGCGUAGUUGUAUUUGCAGAUGACAGCAAUGUUCAUAGCAUGGAGCUCUUUGAUGAGGUGCAGAAGGUCCAGUGGAUGGGUGCUGUAUCCGUUGGAAUCCUAGCACAUACUGGAGCGGCAGACCAACCACGCCUCAGCAAGGAGGACAAGCAGAACAUGCCUCUUCCAGUCCAGGGCCCUGCUUGCAACUCCUCGGGGCAUCUGGCUGGAUGGCACACGUUUAACUCAUUGCCGUUUUCUGGGAAGACUGCCACAGUGGUUGGUGAGGCAGCCCCUGUUCUGCCCAGGGGUUUGGAGUGGGCUGGCUUUGUGUUGAACUCGAGAAUGCUGUGGAAGGAGGCAGAGGGCAAGCCUGACUGGGUGAAGGAUCUUGAUGCUGUUGGUGAGAAUGGAGAGGAGAUUGAGAACCCACUUACUCUAUUGAAUGAUCCGUCCUCUGUUGAACCACUGGGGAACUGUGGGAAGAAGGUCCUACUGUGGUGGCUCCGUGUGGAAGCUCGGGCUGAUAGCAAGUUUCCUCAGGGGUGGGUGAUUGAGCCACCUUUGGACAUUGUCGUUCCUGCAAAACGCACCCCAUGGCCUGAAACCACCACCGAGCUUCCAUCCGAGUUGUUGGAUGACAAGCAAGACCAGGAAGAUAGGCGGCUGUCAAGAGCGAACAAAUCAUCUCGGCCCCGAAGCACCACGGAACGGAAGGGUGACCUUCAAGGGCAAGAGAACUGAUGCAAAUUGUACUGGCCUUAUAAUGUAUAUCUCUUACACCUGCAAACACAGUAGGAAGCAUAUCCGGUUAAUCUGGUGGUGGUUGUGUUUAUUUUUUCUGAUGUUUUUGCUCAUGUGGCGAUGGCCCGUACUUCUGUAGAAUGGGCACUUUUUUCUGUAGUUGUAUCUGUUGUGUUGUAAUGUACACUGCAUUGGAAACUGAGAUGGUGGCUGAAUUAUGGGAAGUCGUCUAUGCUUCUGAAGAAAGGAUUCAAA